UUUAUAAUCAAAAUUCAUUCGUUCAAAUGAAUGAAUCCGAAUGCAGCGUAACUUAAAAGUUAGUUGACUUGUUUUGCCGCUCUAACGAAAUGAGAAAUUUAAAUCAACAUUAAUGUGGUAUUAAUUUCGUAUAAAUUCAGUUAAAAUUGUUCUGCCAAAAUGGGAGAUGAAAUAUUGCAAGAAACUGAAUGUACUCAAACUCAAACACAGAAAUCGCAAGUGGAUUGGAGCCAGCCUAAUACUCCAUCUUUUAUACCUGUGAUAUGGGGCCGGCUUUAUUCAACAAAAGUGUCCCUAAAUGAAAAGAACUGUUGGAAGGACACUUGUAAAGAUAAUCCUCCAUACUACGAUUUAAUACAACCUGAAUUUUCCCUCGGACGAUCAUUUACCUGCACGUUUGUUAUGAGGAAAGAAAUAAUUAAUGAAAGUAUUGUCAAAAGUGUUAGUAAACAACAUUUUAUCAUUAAGCGAAACUUAUCGGAGCCCUUAAGCCCAGCUAUAAUAACAGACUUGUCAUUUAAUGGUACAUUUAUCAAUGGAAAAGCAAUUGGUAAAGGUUUAAGCAGAGUACUAGACGACAAUGAUAGAAUAUCACUAACUCAUCCUAAUGCUAAAAUAUUCAUUUAUAAAGAUUUAUUGAAGAAUGAACAAGAUAAAGUUCCUAAGGAAAUAUCUAAAAAGUAUUACAUAUCUAGAAUAUUAGGACAAGGGGCUUGUGGUCUGGUGAAAUUAGUAUAUGACAAAACAAAAUGCACAAAGCAUGCAAUGAAAAUAAUUAAAAAAUGCAGACUGACAAAUGGAGAAGUGAAUAAUUUGACUGACCCACAGAGAAUUAUGAACGAAGUUAAUAUCAUGAAGGCUUUAAGGCAUCCUUGCAUUGUAUCAACGGAAGAAGUUUUUGACACAGGUGAUACUGUAUAUAUUAUCUUAGAGCUCAUGCAAGGCGGAGAACUGUUUGAUCGAAUCUCAAAAUAUGGACAGCUGUCUGAGCAAUUAACAAAGUUCUAUUUCCGACAAAUGGUAGUUGCAGUAAAAUACCUACACUCUCAAGGCAUCACUCACAGAGACCUAAAACCUGAGAAUGUGCUAUUAGAGAGUAAAGACGAAGAAACCUUGGUAAAAAUAACGGACUUUGGACUCAGCAAAUUUGUAGGCGAAGAUAGCUUUAUGAAGACUAUGUGUGGAACACCAUUGUAUUUGGCACCAGAAGUGCUGCAAGCAAAUGGACAGAAUUGUUAUGGACCUGAUGUGGAUGUUUGGAGUUUGGGAGUUAUAUUUUUUGUUUGUCUUGUUGGUUACUUGCCAUUCUCCACUGAUUACAAAGAGCUAUCAUUGAGAGAUCAGAUUUUGCGAGGCCAGUACAGAUAUUCAAACAAGCAUUGGAGCAAAAUAAGUUUGCCGGCCAAACUGCUCAUGAAGAGAAUGCUUACAGUGAAUGUCAAGAAUAGAAUCACUCUAGACCAAAUACUUAACCACACCUGGAUGCAGGAUCCAAUCACUCUAAUGAAAAUUGAAAGGCUCCUUAUCCAAGCUGCUCAAGUGAGAGACUUUGAUCAAUUGACAUUAUCAUCACAUAAUUCUGACGAAGAAAACAACAAUUCUGAUCAAGUGACAGUUUUGAAGGUAGCUGUUGCGGGAAAGAGAGGAUUAAGUGACAAUUGUGCACCAUGUGAGCCUAUUGCAAAGAGACUGAGAAUCGAUGCAUGUGCUAUGACAAGAAUUCAGAAAGAUGAUACAAGCACAACCAACAGUUGUUCUUCAACAGAUUAAAAGUGAUACAGUAUACACAAUAUCCAGAUAAUUAACUACUAUUUGUAAUUAGGUGAUUUUAUAAACUACCCUAUCCCACCACUCUCAGUGAUUUGUGAAUAAAGUUAAAUAAGUGUGUGUUUGUGAACAUACAUGUGUGUGCUCAUUAGGAUAUGCUGGUUGAGAAACGGAACGAUAGAGAAGCAGAAAUGUGAGUGUUUAUUUGAUUAUUUUUAAUGACAUUAAAUAAUUUCAAAUGUUACCACCGACCAUCAUUUUUAUUACUAAAUGUUAUGUUUAAUUAUUUUUUAAGAAGUUUCAAUGACUUAAUGUAAGAAACUUGUGCCACAUUUUUUAUGUUGAUUGAUGUCAUAAAUGACUGAUGUUUUAUGUGAAUGUUAAUUGAAUGAUUCCUGUUAAAAGGCUAUUUUAGAUUUUAUAAGUGUUGUUAGUAUUGUUGGUCAAUAUGUACCUAUGAUACAGAAAAUCAUAUUUUUAGAUUGAUAUUAAAUUUAUGACCCACAUAUGUGAUUCAUUUUACAAGAAUAGUUACUUCUGACUAUUCCAUAUAAAACUAUGACAAAACUUACAAUGUGAUAACAAAAUAAGUAUUAUAGCAUUGUAUGCUGUUUACCUCAUUCUUUUGUGAUACUUAAUAGAACUGUGUUGUUAAAUUAAGCUCUGCUCCAUUCACUUUGACAUUUUGUUUAAACUAUUUUUUUUUCAUUAUGAAUAUGAUUGUUUGAAACAAUCUUUACAGAUAUACACAAAUGUUAAAUAAGUGUUGAUAAAAAAAAAACCUUAAUCUAAAAAACAAGUGAAUUAAAACUUGGUCAAAAGUAAUUUUUUUUUGUUUAGUUUAUUAAUGCAAUUUAUAUUGAAUCUUAUUGGCUAUAGAGAAUUCACUAAAUUGGAGGUAGAUUUAGUUUGUGUCGCACAUAAUUUUGUGUGUAUAGAGUGCCAUUUUCACUGUAUCAUGUGUUUGUUUUGUACAAUUAAAUAGGAACGAACAUGCUUGUCAGAGCAAUAAAACAACUAUUUGCAAAAUAAAUUAUAUUGUGUUUUUCUUUUUCAAUUCCUUUCUAAAAAUGACAUUUAUUUACAAAAUGAAACGCCCAUUGAUAUAAACAAUUCAGUCUUUAACAAUCAAAAAUUGCAUUAAAAUAAAAUCGCCUUUCUUUUCGGACUGAUUUAUAUUUGAUUUAAAUACAAGUACAACAUUAUAACAACAUAUCCAAUAGAA